ACAGUUCCCACCGCGCCGAGGCCAGAGGAAGAAGGGGCGCCGAGGGCUGACCGGGAGAGCGAGGGUCGCCGCCUGCUCGCCCGCGGAGGUCUAUUCCAGGUGCGAGCGCCAUGCUGCUCUCCGGCUCAGCCAGGAUGGCUGAGGAGGACGUCGACUACUUGUUCAAGAUCAUUCUCAUCGGGGACUCGAACGUGGGGAAGACGUGCGUGGUGCAGCACUUCAAAUCCGGGGUCUACACGGAGUCGCGGCAGAACACCAUCGGGGUGGACUUCACCGUGCGCUCCCUUGAGGUGGACGGCAAGAGAGUGAAGAUGCAGGUGUGGGACACGGCCGGCCAGGAGCGCUUCCGCACCAUCACGCAGAGCUACUACCGCAGCGCGCACGCGGCCAUCAUCGCCUACGACCUCACGCGGCGGGCCACCUUCGAGUCGGUCCCUCACUGGAUCCACGAGAUAGAAAAGUACGGAGCGGCUAACCUGGUCAUCAUGCUGAUCGGAAACAAGUCGGACCAGUGGGAAGAGCGGCACGUGCUGUUUGAGGAGGCCUGCACGCUGGCCGAGAAACACGGCCUCCUCGCCGUACUGGAGACGUCUGCCAAGGAGUCCAGGAACAUAGACGAAGUCUUCGUGCUGAUGGCCAAGGAGCUGAUCGCCCGCAACAGCCUGCACCUGUAUGGGGAGAGCGCCCUGAACGGCCUGCCCCUGGACUCCAGCCCGGUUCUCGUGGCAGCACAGGGGCCCAGUGAAAAGACCCACUGCACCUGCUGAACACGUGCCCAGGCCGUCUCUGGCACGGAGCCCAGAGCCUCCCUCAUCUCCUGAUUGCUCCUUCCCGGAUGAGCAGCACUUUUGCCUGAACUGCCAGCCCAGGCCACAGGCGCCAAGUCUAACCAAAGCGGACA